AUGGUGGUCAACCUUCCAUCUCUUUUCCUCCUCCCGCAAUUGAUCUUCUUCUUCCUAAUGUUCAUCACAAUCAAUGGCCAACAUUUCACCAUCCCAGAAUCCACCAUAGAGGAAAUCCAACAAGCCUUCGCAGAAAACAAGCUGACAUCAACACAACUUGUGGACUUCUACAUAAACCAAAUCAAAACUCUUAAUCCCCUGCUUCACAGCAUAAUAGAGGUGAAUCCAGAUGCACGUGACCAGGCUAAAAAUGCUGAUAAAGAAAGGAGAGAAAAUCAGUGCCGGAGAAACUUAGGGGACUUACAUGGGAUUCCAGUGUUGUUAAAGGACACGAUUGGGACGAAAGAUAAGUUGAACACAUCAGCUGGGUCUUAUGCUUUGGUGGGAUCAGUGGUGGGCAGAGAUGCAAGUGUUGUGGAGAAGUUGAGAAGGGCUGGUGCAGUUAUAAUGGGAAAAGCUAGUCUUACUGAAUGGUACAAGUUUCGUUCUUUAAGUCAUAUACCUAAUGGUUGGUGUGCUAGAGCUGGACAAGGAGUGAAUCCUUACCUCGCAACGGGGGAUCCAUGUGGUUCAAGUAGUGGAUCAGCAAUUUCAGUAGCAGCAAACAUGGUGGCAGUAUCACUUGGUACGGAGACUCAUAGCUCCAUCAUCUGUCCCUCUGAUCAUAACUCUGUUGUAGGUCUCAAACCCACUGUUGGUCUCACUAGCCGUGCUGGUGUUAUCCCAGUUGCACCUAGCUUGGACACCAUUGGGCCUAUAACCAGGACAGUUUCCGAUGCAGUUCGCGUACUUGAUGUCAUUGUGGGGUUUGAUCCAAGAGAUUAUGAAGCAACGCAUAAAGCAGCCAAGUUCAUACCUGCUGGUGGUUACAAGCAAUACCUCAAUCCAAAUGGGCUCAAAGGAAAGAGAUUGGGGAUAGUUAGGAACCCAUUUUUUAAUUCAUUGAAUGAAUCCACAUUUCCUAUCUUUGAGCAUCACCUGAAGACAUUAAGGGAAAGUGGAGCCACUGUAGUGGACAAUCUUGAGAUAGCAAAUAUUGAUACUAUUGUCAAUCCAUCGCAAAGUGGUGAAUUGACACUAAUGAUGGCCGAGUUCAAACUCUCCUUAAAUGAUUACCUGAAAGACCUUAUCAGUUCUCCAGUGAGGUCACUUGCUGACAUAAUUGCUUUCAACAAAAAUAACCCUCUUCUGGAGAACACCAAAGAUUAUGGUCAGGACACAUUCAUAGCAGCAGAGGAGACGAAUGGCAUUGGAGAGAAAGAAAGGAAGGCUAUAGAGUUGAUGGAAAAACUCUCACGAGAUGGUUUUGAGAAACUGAUGAUGGAAAAUAAAUUGGAUGCAAUGGUGACACCGGGUUCAGGUGCGGUGUCUGUGCUGGCAAUUGGUGGGUAUCCUGGAAUUACCGUCCCAGCUGGAUAUGAUAUCAAUGGAAUGCCGUUUGGGAUCUGCUUUGGUGGAUUAAAGGGUACUGAACCAAAGCUAAUUGAGAUUGCUUAUGGCUUUGAGCAAGCUACCGCGAUAAGAAAGCCUCCUCUUCAAAUGACUACAGAGUUUCUAUUUGGAAGUUUUUAA